UGCUUGCUUCCUUCCUCCCUYGCUCCCUCCCAGCCGGACAGAGGGCCAUCUCCUUCUGGACUUCUGGGCCAGAGAUGUGGGUGGGCCUCAGCCUGGCCGUGGCCUUCCUGCAGGUGGGGGCGCUCCAAGCAGAGAACACCAUAGCCAACUGGUCAGCAGGCAUGGGCACCAUCACCUGGACUGUUCCCACCACCAUGGAGACUGUGACUGAAUGGACGACAGUGGAUCGGCCCAUGGGGGUGAUAGAGCCCCUCCUGGCCUGCAAAGGGGAGGGGGACUGCCCUCCGUGGAGCCACUGCAAGAAGGAGGAGGGGGAAGAGGAGCAGGGGUCCGGGCGCAGGUUCUGCCACUGUGGGCUGGGCUACCACCUGCACCCUACCCUGGGCUGCAUUCCAGCCAGGGUCUUCGCUGCCCGCCUGCUGCUGCUGCUGCUCCCGCCACCUCCACUGCCCCCCUUGGAAGCCCCCUCAGAGGAGCAGGUGGACUUCCAGCUCCGGAGCUUGUUCCAGCGCAUCUUGGGACACCUGGAUGGCUACCUGGGAACAUCUGUCCAGGAGAUGAAGUGGCCCGGUCCAGAGGUGACUCUGACGCACCACUUCUCGGCCUGGAUCCCGGCCACGAUCCAGGAGGUGGAGGGAACCCUUGCUGCCCUCUGGGCGCAGUGCCGUGACAGGAACAGCCCCCUCAGCCAUAGCCUGGCCUGCGUCCUCCUGCGCCAAGUGGACAUGGACACCUACCAGAGUGAGUGGAAGCCAAGGCAGGGGUCACUCCUGUCCCCUUCUCCAACCCAUCCCACUUCAGGCCUGAGCCUCUGCGACCUCGACCCCUGCGACCCCGUCUCGACCAUCUGCUCCGCCCAGGAGGGCCUCCUCCACUGCGCUUGCCGGGCGGGCUUCCUCCAGGCCAGUCCCAUGGAUCGCACCUGCGCAGCAUGCCCCAGUGGGCUUUUCCUGCAGGACGGCACCUGCGCCAGGUGUCCCUUUGGGUUCGGUGGGCCCGGCUGCCAGGAACCCUUCCUGCUGGCCUUGGUCCUGGUCUCCUGCUUCGCUGGGAUCCUCCUCCUCCUCCUGUUCGUGGGGGUGGUCUUCCUGCCAGGAAGAAGAACCCCCGACCCACUUCCAGAGCCCCCCGGGCCCCCUCCGCUGCCCCUCCUCUCUCCGGCCCUGAGCCUGCCCCGUGUUCGGCCCCCCUGGACCCAGGCAGAGGAGGACGGGCCCCAUAGAGACAGCCGACGCCCCCCACCUGUGGCCCUCUGGGAAGCGAGUGGGGCCCCAGGAUCCGGUCCCCGCAGCAUGAAGACCUUCCUGGGGGGCCCUAGGACCCCUCCCCCAGCUGCAGACCCCCAGACUCUUGCGGGGAACACCAAUUUCGUCUUUGUCGGAGACGGGAUGGAGGGGACGGGCAGGAGGAGCGCCUUCUGAAGUGCCGGAGUGGGGGAUCUCUUGGGAUCAUAAUUCCCUCCCCCCCCCCCCCCACUUUGCAUUUGGAACUGGAAUUCUCACUGAUUUCCUGGGGGGGGGGAGAGAGAGAAAGAUAUGAUAUUGGAAGGUCAGAAUGGGCUGCAAGGGGCUGACUUGGAAAGAGACUUGCAGCUUCUCUCUUUGGCCCUUCCAGGUGUUUUGGACUCCAACUCCCACCAUUCCUAACAGCCUCAGGCCCCUUCCUUUUCC